AUGGGCGAAAGGUUUUUCGUGAAUGAAGCCUAUUGGAGGCGUCCUCAUGGCCCAGUGUUCCUGUACAUCGGCGGGAGGGCCAUCUCUGAGUUCAGUGUGCUGGCAGGCCACCAUGUGGACAUGGCUGAGGAGCACGGGGCCCUGCUUGUGGCCCUGGAGCAUCGUUUCUAUGGCAAGAGCAUCAACGAAGAUGGCCUGGAGACUGAGAACCUGGGAGACCUGUCCAGCCAGCAGGCUCUCACCGACAUCGCAGAAUUCCAUCAAUACAUCAGCGAUCGCUUUGACCUCUCCAACAAGAAUACCUGGAUCAGCUUCGGAGGUUCCUAUGCUGGGGCCUUGUCUGCCUGGCUCAGGGGAAAGUUCCCCCACCUGGUCUACGGUGCUGUGGCCUCCUCCGCUCCUGUCAAAGCCAAACUGGACUUCUCCAACUUCAACAAAGUGGUGGGUCUGAGCCUUGCGGACAAGGAUGUUGGAGGUUCAGAUAAGUAUCUGACUGUGAGUCUCCACUUGUGUGGGGACAUCUGGGAGGCCUUUGCUGCCGUGGAGGCCGCCCUGUUUGCUGGGAACGCCACUGAGGUGGGGAAGGACUUUGGGUGCUGUGAGACCCCUGAGGAUCUGGAGGACCAGAUCGAGCUGAUGCAGAGCCUGGCCGACAUCGUCAUAGGAACCGUGGCGUACAACGAGGAGGGGGGCAUUCUAACUAUUGAGGAGCUCUGUGACAUCAUGACCAAUGAGACAGAGACCUUCGAUUCGGAGACUGAGGCCUACGACCGGCUGAUCAAACUGGUGCAGACAGACCGUGCCACAGGCGACAAGCCCUGUCUGGAUGCGUCCCACAAGCAGACCAUCAAGGACCUGAGUGACACCAAUCUGGACUCUGCCUAUAAUGGAGAGAGACAGUGGUACUACCAGACCUGCACCGAGUUCGGCUUCUACCAGACGUGUGAGGACGCCAGCUGUCCCUUCUCCCGCAUGCUGACCCUGCAGGCUCAGACUGACCUGUGUCCUGAGGUGUUCAACAUCCCCCAGCACAGUCUGCCCGGACACAUCGCCUUCACCAAUAAGUACUAUGGAGGUGGCCACCCCGACACUGACAGGGUGCUCUAUGUCAACGGUGACAUUGACCCCUGGCACGAGCUCAGCGUCCUGGAAGAGGACUUGGACAAGGAGGACAAAGACAUGGCCAUCCUCAUCGAGGGCUCCGCCCACUGUGCCGACAUGAACCCCGACAGCGCCACAGACCACCCCGCCCUGAAGCAGGCCCGCAAGGCCAUUGAGAGGAAAGUUGCCAAGUGGCUGAAGGAAGCUGCCUGGAAGCUUAUGGGAUGAUGGACCCAACGACUGGUCACCUGAUCAUCUGACCUUCCUGACCAUCACACAGCCAACCAAACUGAGCUGACCUGGUUGUACUGCCGUGACCCCUCCUCCUCUUCCUGUAGCUCUCUGCUCAUAUAACACAGCUCUGCACCAUUACUAUAACCACAGCUAUGGCCCCUACAGCUUGUUGGGCAGUGAAUCACAUGGUGCUGUGGACUGAGCCCAUCUCUUCAUGUUUAUUCCCAUGAUGAUCACAUGACCAUUGGGUCAGGUCCUCUAAGGUGGUGUUCUUCUGGUGGUUUUUCUAGGGUUUUUCUAACGUUUUUCUAGGGUUUUUCUAACGUUUUUCUAGGGUUUUUCUUACGUUUUUAUAGCGUGCUUGAAUUUAAUCCAGUAUAUAAGUUUCAGAUUUAAUAGACAGUUUUAGUAAUUUAGGGAAACACUUAUAAUGCUGUACACAGUAUUUAGGUUUCCUAACUACGUACUAGUAUAGCUAACUAGAGAGUCUCAGCAUAAGACGACUUUAACAUGAUCUAGUGUUCUAAGGUUUACAGCCUGUGCACACAUGCAUUUUCCUUUAUCUGGAUUCAGUGAAGUUAUCUCAGUCAAUGCAUUAUCUGAAUGUAUGCUGGAUUGCUUUGUAGCUUGUGUGGAUCUUUUUAGGAGGAGUUAAUUUUGUUUAAUCCUGCGAGCUUGAAAAUGAUCAUCAAUAAAAGUUUGCUGAUAA